AUGGCUCCGCAGCCCCGGCUCUCUGCCCCACUGUUAUACAGUGGGUAUAUGUUUCUGCCACCGGUUACAGACCCAGCUACGGCUGCUCACGCUUUCACGUCGUCAUCGGCGGCCAGUUUACCCGGUAUGACGUCGACGAUGUCACUCGAUCCACGAGCGUCCAGCGCCGCAGCGGCUGCAGCAGCUGUUAUUGGUCAUACAGGUUUUAUGAGUAGAUCUUCACCUUCGUCGAUUUCUCUUCUGGGGCCGUCUAAUCCUUCAUUAGCGACGACCCCGAGCGGACAAACCAUAACCCCACAUACUCCGUCUAUGUUGACAAUGAAUCAUACCGGGGCGGGAAAUUUAACUAACGGUCCUCAUCCGGCCCUGACAUCAGGCCCUAUCUCGAUUACAUCAGCAUCAUCAUCACCACCAUCAGCUAUAGUACGACCCCAGCACACCAGUACUUUCACGUUGACCCCUAAUUCUGUCUCAGAUGCAUCGCCUACUCUUCAUUUAUCUACAUCGAACAUGAAAUCAUCUUCAUUGUCGUCAUCAUCACCGUUGUCAUCGACUUGCUCGUUAUCGGACACAUUAACUAAUUUCUCUGCACCCACAACGCUGACCACGGCCACUUCAAGUCCCCUCGGCCAUCUGGUCAACCUACAUGCGCAUCAGCGCCCAACUCAACCCCCUUCCUCUCACCACUGUCGGCACAACAGCCUUCAAUCACAUCAAACGGAACGCGAGGAGACUUCCUCGAGCCCUCUAUCGGACUACAGACAACAUUCCCCUAACAAAG